AUGUCGUUUCUACAUUCGCACUCUUCUGAGUGUGUGAAGUCGGAGCUGGACCUAUUUAUCAUACCAUCUACCCCAACAAGUAUUGAAAAUUCUCAAUUUGUUCAUUACAAUCCUGUAUCUACGCUGUCGGGCAAUGCCCCAAUUGAAUUCAUCGUACCAGGCCCUGGAGAAGAAUAUAUUGAUUUGGCACAUACCAUGAAUACCAGAAUCCUGCGACCCGAUGGCUCGGCUGCUCUAGAGGACUCUGUUGGUCCUGUGAAUAUUUUUUUACAUUCAAUGUUUAACCAAGUGGAUGUAUAUUUCAACCAAAAAGUUGUUACGCCUCCAAAUAAUCUGUACGCCUAUAGAGCAUACAUUGAAACAUUGCUGAACUAUGGAACAGAUGCCAAGUCCUCCCAUCUUGGAAUGUCACUUCGGGCUACGGAUAGCUAUGGUGCAAUGGAUUUUGCUACUCUAGCGGCUGGUGAUGCGAGAAACAACAAUGGGCUAGCCGCACGUCAGGCCUUUACUAAAGGUGGAAAAACAUUUGAUCUACUGGGACAUUUACAUUGUGACGUGUUCAAUCAAGAUAAGUUUUCGAUGAGUGGCGUAGAGCUACGCGUUCGUCUUAUCCGUGCAAAGGAUGACUUUUGCGUUAUGGACGAUAGUGUCCUGAACUAUAAGCUGCAUAUAGUAGAAGCCUCCUUGAUUGUUCGUCGUGUGAAAUUCAGCCCUGGAAUUUUCAUAGCGCACGCUAAAACGCUUGCAAAGACAACUGUGAAAUAUCCUUUGACCCGGGUCGAGGUCAAAUCUAUUGUUCUUCAUCAUGGAAUUAUGGGAGAGACAAUAGACAAUGCGAUUUUGGGGCAACUGCCUAAAAGAAUCAUACUGGGAUUUGUUGAAAAUGCCAGUUUCAACGAAUCGAGGAAGAAGUAUCCCUUCAACUUUCAAAAUUUUGGGAUAAACUUUUUAUGCCUGAAUGUCGAUGGACGUCAAGUACCUACAAAACCUCUGCAACCGAGUUUCACCUCUGCCGUCUGUCUAGAUGUGGAGGCAUUCAACACCCUAUUUGCUGGUACUGGAACACAUUUCGGCGACCAUGGAAAUAACAUCUCUCGUCCGGCCUAUUCCGAGGGAUUUUGCCUGUUCGCAUUCGAUCUGCCUCCUGAUUUAUCUGCAAGUUCCGCUGGACAUUGGAAUCUGGUGAAAAGUGGAAGUAUUCGCAUUGAAGUUCGCUUCCAUGCAGCAACAGAGAAGAAUAUAAAUUGCGUGUUGUACGGCGAAUAUGACAAUUUGCUAGAAAUUGAUUCCACAAGGCAGGUUAUUGUCGACUACAGUGGGUGA